AGCUGGGGAGGCAGGGUCAGGUUUCAAAUUCCGCGCCAGCCAGUCAGAGAGCGGCGAUGCUGGGGGCCCGCCUCGGGCUCUGGGUCUGCGCCCUGUGCUGUGCGGCCAGAGCCUAUCCUGACACCUCCCCGCUGCUGAGCUCCGGCUGGGGCGGCCUGACCCACCUGUAUACGGCCACGGCCAGGAACAGCUACCACCUGCAGAUCCACAAGGAUGGCCACGUGGAUGGCUCACCCCAACAGACCAUCUACAGUGCCCUAAUGAUCAGGUCGGAGGAUGCAGGCUUCGUGGUCAUAACAGGCGUGAUGAGCAGGAGAUACCUCUGCAUGGACUUAAGGGGCAACAUUUUUGGAUCGCUGCACUUCAGCCCCGAGAGCUGCAGGUUCCGGCAGCGGACGCUGGAGAACGGCUACGACGUGUACCACUCGCCGCACUACCGCUUCCUCGUCAGCCUGGGCCGGGUCAAGCGGGCCUUUCUGCCGGGUACCAACCCGCCCCCGUACGCGCAGUUCUUGUCGCGCAGGAACGAGAUCCCGCUGCUGCACUUCGCCACCGCGCGGCCCCGGCGCCACACGCGCAGCGCGCACGACGGCGGGGACCCGCUGAGCGUCCUGAAGCCGCGCGUGCGCGCCACGCCCGCGCCUGUCUCCUGCUCCCGCGAGCUGCCCAGCGCCGAGGACGGCGGCCCCGCGGCCAGCGACCCGCUCGGUGCUCCGAGGCCAGCGGCUGGACGCGCGCGCUGGGGUGGGGGCGCCGAGCGCUGCCGGCCCUUCCCCAGCUUCGCCUAGGGCGGCGGGACUCGGAAAGCCAAACUGCCUCGAGGACCGGCUCCCCUACACCCCGAGCAGGGGAGGUGGGGUUACAGCCCCCUCCCCAGGAGGUUCCCCCCGGGGGAUCGCCCUUUGAGGCCUGAGGGAUGGAGUUCCUUGCCUUCCCGGUUCCAGCUGUAUGCACUCUGGUGGGAGAGACGGGAUCCCCGCCCACCCUUCUCCUCUCCAUCUCCUUCACCUCUCCUCUCCAUCAGUCUAGCAUCAAGAACAGAGCAGAGGGAGUUCGAUUCUG